AUGAGCGGCGCAUGCGGCCAAGACAAUCGCGACGAGGGGGGGACAUGGGGCCCUAAAAACAAUGCAGGGGAAAACGCGCGGCUGAAGCUACAGGGCGGUGCGUUGGACGCCAACGAUGCAAUGGCGCUGCCUGAAACGCCCAGUACGCGCAAGGCAUCGCUGCUAGGCGACACCAUGCGGCCUGCACAAAGUACGCCUGCGCCGCGGAGCGGGCAUGCGCCGCCGCGCUCUCUGCGGCGCAGCCGUUUACUGUAUAUUUCAUCGGAUGACCAGAGCUCUACGUGUGAUGUGCCUUCUUCUCCUGUGCGUACCAACGAAAUUGCGCAGUACCAGGUCGAGGAGCUGGUCGCUGCAGCGGCCAAUCCUGCGUCGUGGUCGGCGAAGGAGCAUGGGGGAACAUAUUUGCAUACGGCGAUGCUGCAUGGGAUCGCUGGCAAGGAGCGCUGCUGCAUGGAGCUGCGCGAGGCACUCGCUGCCGAAGAGGCGCACCUGCUCGCGCUCCGCAACGCUUGGCAGCGUAUUGCCACGCAUAGCUCCGCAAUGGUGCCAAGUGCACCAAGUGCGUAUGCAUUUGCGCGGCGCUCUGCGCCGCGCUCUAACGGUACACCAUUUUCUCCGUCGAGCAUCCAGGCGCAAAGAACCGAGACGCAGAGCAAGCCUGCGCCGCCAUCUCCGCGCAAAUCACCUCAAAAAUGGGCAGCAACAUUGGCGCAGAGCAACGCAUGGCCGAACCUGACAAAACUGCCGCAGCAGCUGCAUGCACUGGUGGAUACGUUUGCGCCGAUCGAGACUCCUGCCAAGGCGAUGCCACGCAACGAGCACGACCUUCUCGGCUCGCCUACCGCCCGGAAUGUAGCGCAGGCGCUUGGAGCGCAAGCGGAGGAGGAGGACGUUACAUUAUCGGGCAUGGGGCAGCCGUCGUCCUUGCUGCUAGACUCGCGGCGCUCGUCGCAGAGCCUGUUGAAGGCACAUAUACCCCCGCAAAGCGAAGACGAAAUACCCCCUACCCCGCCGCCCAAGGAUGUGGAUUUGGGCGAGAGCGCGCUGAGCGAAAAGCUGGUUUUUGGCUGGAACGUGUUCUCCAAGCGCGUCGUGGAAACGACCAACAGUUUGGCCGAUCGCGCGUUUCAUGUCCAGGAAAGUUUGGACAGUGCAACGCCCUUGCACGACUACCCAGGCGCGUCUCCCACAAAAGGCGGAAGCAUGCUGGGCAGCCGCUCCAUGACGCGGCAGGCGCUUGAGGAGAAGACUCUCGCGCACAACACUACUACCGAGGCGGCCGAAAAAGAGCAUGUAUAUAUACGACAGAUACUUCGCAAGUGA